UCUCGAGUCACACUGGGGGGACCAGCCGGGAGCGCAGGCUGCUCUGGACAUCUCCCCCCCCCCCCGCCCUGCUGCCAAAAGGGGACUCUACGGCUUUGUCCUCCGGAGGGACGCUUUGAAUUCCUAUUCCAAAGGGACAGAAAGGGACACUCCGGGCAAACUGGCGAGCAGUUGAUGACCAGCCACAGUAUCUCUGCUGUGUGCUGCUGCCAUCUGUGGUGCUGCUGGUGUGUAUAGAGGGAAGAUGGCAUUCUGGUCACAGCUGGGGUUGCUGCUAUGGAAGAAUUUCACCUGUAGGAGAAGACAGACGUUCCAGCUGUUGAUUGAAAUUGCCUGGCCCCUGUUUGUCUUCUUUAUACUGUCAUCUGUGCGGCUAUCUUUUCCACCCCAUGAACAACAUGAAUGUCACUUUCCAAAUAAAGCCAUGCCUUCAGCCGGAACAUUGCCCUGGGUCCAGGGGAUUAUCUGUAAUGCCAACAAUCCAUGCUUCCGCUAUCCUACUCCCGGGGAGUCGCCAGGCAUUGUUGGAAAUUUCAACAAAUCAAUUGUUUACCGGUUGUUCUCAGAUGCCAAACGGUUGCUGUUGUAUAGCCAGAAAGACACCAGCAUUAAGGAUGCACAGAAACUAGUGGGGAAACUGCAGAAUGUUGGGAAAUCUGUGUCAGGUGUGAGACUCCGGGAUUUCCUGGUUGCCAACGAGACAUUCUCUGACUUCCUCCAUCGUAAUGCUUCCAUACCAAGAUUUGCAGUGGGUGAAAUACUGAACUCUAAGAUCAAUCUCCAGCGGGUCAUUACAUCUGGCUACAAAAUAAAGGUGGAAGACCUUUGCAAUUCCACCAAGUUGUCUGAGUUUCUUAUCAUCCCAAACCCAGCAGUGGCCAUGGUCAGUGAUGCCUUGAUUUGCCUCAUGCCUAAGGACAAACUUGCUUCUGCAGAGAAGGUGUUCCAGGCUAAUCUAGAUGUCAUGAAACCAUUUAUGAAAGGGAUCACAUCCAACUCCACUUUACAGGAUCUGAAAGAAGCUGCAGAGACUUUGUUGGGGAGCCUUGGAAGGCUCCUGAAAGAGCUUUUAAGCAUGAAAAGCUGGAGUGACAUGAGGCAAGAAGUAUUGUUCCUGACCAACGUGAACAGCACCAGUUCUUCUACCGAAAUUUACCAGGCAGUGUCCCGGAUUGUUUGUGGUCACCCGGAAGGAGGUGGAUUGCAAAUUAAGUCUCUCAACUGGCUGGAAGACAGCAAUUACAAAGCCAUCUUUGGCACCAACAGCACAGAUGAAGAGGUAGCGGAUUUCUAUGAUAACUCCACAACGCCCUACUGCAAUGAGCUCAUGAAGUCUUUGGAAUCCAGUCCACUUUCCCGCAUUAUAUGGAGAGCUCUGAAGCCAUUGCUUAUAGGAAAAGUCUUAUACACACCUGACACGCCAGCAACAAGGGCAGUGAUGUCUGAGGUAAACAAGACAUUUCAGGAGCUAGGUGUCUUCCGUGAUCUUGGAGGGAUGUGGGAGGAGAUAAGACCAAAGAUACUAACUUUCAUGGAGAAAAGCCAAGAAAUGGACAUGGUCCGGACUUUGCUAAAGAACAGAGACCUCUGGCACCAGUACUUGGAGGGUUCAGGAUGGACAGUUGAGGAUGUUGCUGUAUUCUUGGCAAAAUACCCGGGGGAUGUUCCGCCCGUGAAUGGCUCAACCUACUCCUGGAGGGAUGCUUUCAAUGAGACAGAUCAUGCUGUUAUGGCCAUUUCUCGAUUCAUGGAAUGUGUCAAUUUGGACAAGCUGGAACCUGUGCCAAGUGAAGUGCGUCUUAUCAACAAGUCCCUGCAACUGCUGGACCAGAGGAGAUUCUGGGCAGGCAUAGUCUUCCCUGAAAUGGCUCCUGGGAGCACAAAGUUGCCUCAUCAUGUCAAGUACAAGAUACGGAUGGACAUAGACAACGUGGAAAGGACAAACAAAAUUAAGGACGGGUUCUGGGACCCGGGUCCUCGAGCUGACCCCUUUGAAGACAUGCGCUACGUCUGGGGAGGCUUUGCUUACCUACAGGAUGUGGUAGAGCAGGCAAUCAUCCGGGCUCUAACAGGCACCGAGAAGAAAACCGGUGUCUAUGUCCAGCAGAUGCCAUACCCCUGUUAUGUGGAUGACAUAUUCCUGCACGUCAUGAGCCGAUCGAUGCCCCUCUUCAUGACCCUGGCUUGGAUUUACUCCGUGGCGAUGAUCAUCAAAGGGAUUGUGUAUGAGAAGGAAGCUCGGCUGAAAGAGACCAUGAGGAUCAUGGGCCUUGACAACGGCAUCCUCUGGCUCAGCUGGUUCAUCAGCAGUCUCAUCCCCCUCCUCUUGAGCGCGGGGCUCCUGGUUCUGAUCCUCAAGAAUGGGAACCUGCUGCCUUACAGUGAUCCCAGCGUGGUGUUUGUCUUCCUGUCAAUUUUUGCUGUGGUGACCAUUUUGCAGUGCUUUCUCAUCAGCACCUUAUUCUCAAGGGCCAACAUGGCAGCAGCUUGUGGAGGCAUCAUCUACUUCACUCUCUACUUGCCCUAUGUUCUCUGUGUCGCCUGGCAAGAUUAUGUUGGCUUCUCUCUCAAAAUAUUUGCUAGCCUGCUUUCUCCUGUAGCCUUUGGGUUUGGCUGUGAAUACAUUUCCCUGUUUGAAGAGCAGGGCGUUGGAGUCCAGUGGGAGAACAUCUUUGAGAGCCCUAUACAAGAAGAUAGCUUCAACCUGACCACUUCUUUCUACAUGAUGCUGUUGGAUACUUUGCUGUAUGGGAUUAUGACUUGGUACAUUGAUUCUGUCUUCCCAGGCCAGUACGGCAUUCCCAGGCCCUGGUACUUUCCCUUCUUGAAGUCCUACUGGUGUGGUGAGAAAUACGAGCAGCAGCAGCUCCCUUCUCUCUGCACAGGGUCAUCAGAAAUCUGUAUGGAAGAAGAGCCGAGUCAUCUUAGCCUUGGCGUAUCCAUUCAGAGCCUGGUGAAGGUUUAUCGUGAUGGCAAAAAGCUGGCUGUCGAUGGCCUCACCCUGAAUUUCUACGAAGGACAAAUCACUUCUUUCCUGGGGCACAAUGGAGCUGGGAAAACAACCACAAUGUCCAUCCUGACUGGGUUAUUCCCACCAACUUCUGGCACAGCUUUCAUCCUGGGCAAAGACAUCCGCACUGAACUCAGUAGCAUUCGGCAGAAUCUGGGGGUCUGCCCUCAACACAAUGUCCUGUUCGACGAGCUAACAGUGGAGGAGCACAUCUGGUUUUAUGCACGCCUGAAAGGGCUGUCGGAAAAGCUGGUGAAAAAGGAGAUGGAGCAGAUGGCAAUAGAUGUUGGCUUGCCUCACAAACUGAAAUCGAAGACAAGUAAACUCUCUGGUGGCAUGCAGAGAAAGCUUUCUGUAGCGCUGGCCUUCGUAGGGGGCUCUAAAGUUGUCAUCCUGGAUGAGCCAACAGCGGGUGUCGAUCCUUAUUCUCGCCGAGGGAUCUGGGAGCUGCUUUUGAAAUAUCGCCACGGCCGCACUAUCAUUCUCUCCACGCAUCACAUGGACGAGGCGGACAUCCUCGGAGACCGGAUUGCCAUCAUAUCUCAUGGCAAAUUGUGCUGUGUCGGAUCAUCUCUCUUUCUGAAAAACCAGCUGGGGACAGGCUAUUAUCUGACCUUGGUCAAAAAGGAUGUGGACUCCUCACUGAGCUCCUGCAGAAACAGCAGCAGCACAGUGUCUUUCUUGAAAAAGGAUGACAGUGUCUCCCAGAGCAGUUCUGAUGCUGGACUUGGCAGUGACCAUGAAAGUGACACUCUGACAAUUGAUGUGUCUGCAAUUUCCAAUCUCAUCAUGAAGCAUGUCCCUGAAGCAAGGCUUGUAGAGGAUAUCGGCCAUGAGCUAACCUAUGUUUUGCCAUACCAAGCUGCAAGGGAGGGUGCUUUUGUGGAGCUGUUUCAUGAGAUUGAUGACCGCCUGUCUGACCUGGGCAUUUCGAGUUAUGGCAUUUCUGAGACCACUCUGGAGGAGAUAUUUCUCAAAGUGGCAGAGGAUAAUGGCGUGGAUGCAGAGACCUCAGAUGGAACUUUACCUGCUAGAAGAAAUCGGCGUCUCUUUGGAGACAGGCAAAGCUGCCUUCGUCCUUUCACAGAAGACGAUGCUUUUGACCCCAAUGAUUCAGACAUAGAUCCAGAAUCCCGAGAGACAGACCUGCUAAGCGGGGUGGAUGGCAAAGGAUCCUACCAGAUGAAGGGCUGGAAGCUGACUCAGCAGCAGUUUGUCGCUCUGCUCUGGAAGAGGCUGCUGAUUGCCAAGCGCAGCAGGAAGGGCUUCUUUGCACAGAUUGUUCUCCCAGCUGUCUUUGUUUGCAUCGCUCUAAUGUUCAGUCUGAUUGUGCCACCCUUUGGUAAAUACCCCAACUUGGAAUUGCAACCAUGGAUGUAUGAUGAGCAGUACACGUUUCUCAGCAAUGAUGCUCCAGAAGAUGAUGGCACUCAGCAGCUUUUGAACGCUCUCCUCAGUGAACCUGGUUUUGGGACUCGCUGCAUGAAAGGACACUCCAUUCUAGACACCCCUUGCUCUGUUGGAGAAAUGAACUGGACCAUCAGUCCUGUGCCUGAGACAGUAAUGGAAAUCUUCCAGAAUGGCAACUGGACCAUGGAGAAUCCUUCCCCAUCCUGUGUCUGUAGCAGUGAUAAGGCCAAAAAGAUGCUUCCUACGUGUCCUCCAGGGGCCGGUGGGCUGCCUCCUCCCCAGAGAAUGCAGAACACCACCGACAUCCUUCAGAACUUAACAGGCCGCAACAUUUCAGAUUACCUGGUGAAGACUUAUGCACAGAUCAUUGGGAAAAGUCUGAAGAGUAAGCAUUGGGUAAAUGAAUUCAGGUACGGAGGAUUUUCACUGGGAGCCAGCAGUUCUCUUGUGCUUCCUCCGAGUCAGGAAGUGAAUGAUGCCAUCAGACAAGUGAAGAAGAUCUUGGAACUGGCCAAGGGGAGCUCUGGAGAACGUUUCUUUAAUAAUCUGGGGAGCUUCAUGAAGGGACUGGACACAAACAAUAAUGUAAAGGUGUGGUUUAAUAACAAGGGUUGGCAUGCAGUUGGCUCCUUUCUCAAUGUAAUCAACAACGCGAUCCUCCGGGCUAACCUUCAGGAGGGAGAGAACCCCAGCACCUAUGGCAUCACUGCUUACAACCACCCAUUGAACCUCACCAAGCAACAGCUGUCUGAAGUCGCCUUGAUGACCACAUCAGUGGAUGUUUUGGUCUCCAUCUGCGUCAUCUUUGCCAUGUCCUUUGUCCCGGCCAGCUUUGUGGUUUUCUUGAUCCAGGAGCGAGUCAGCAAGGCCAAGCACCUGCAGUUCAUCAGUGGAGUGAAGCCAGUUAUCUACUGGCUGGCCAACUUUGUCUGGGAUAUGUGCAACUAUGUGGUUCCUGCCACUCUGGUCAUCAUCAUCUUCAUCUGCUUCCAGCAGAAGUCCUAUGUGUCAUCAUCCAAUCUACCAGUGCUUGCUCUUCUCCUCUUGCUGUAUGGGUGGUCCAUAACCCCUCUCAUGUACCCAGCAUCCUUUGUGUUCAAGAUCCCUAGCACAGCGUAUGUGGUGCUGACCAGCGUGAACCUCUUCAUUGGGAUCAAUGGGAGCGUGGCCACUUUUGUUCUUGAGCUUUUCACCAACAAUAAGCUGAACAACAUCAAUGACAUCCUGAAGUCAGUGUUCCUCAUCUUCCCCCACUUCUGUCUGGGCCGUGGGCUGAUUGACAUGGUGAAGAACCAAGCCAUGGCAGAUGCUCUGGAAAGGUUUGGUGAGAACCGCUUUGUUUCCCCCCUCUCCUGGGACCUGGUGGGGCGCAACCUUUUUGCUAUGGCUGUGGAAGGUGCUGUCUUCUUCCUCAUCACAGUGCUUAUCCAGUACAGGUUCUUUAUCAAACCCAGGCCAGUCUAUGCCAAGCUUCCACCUGUGCAUGAUGAAGAUGAGGAUGUGAACAGAGAGAGGCAGAGGAUCAUUAAUGGUGGUGGACAAAGUGAUAUCUUGGAAAUCAAGGAACUGACUAAGUUAUACAGAAGGAAACUGAAACCAGCUGUGGAUAGGAUCUGUGUUGGGAUUCCACCUGGGGAGUGCUUUGGCCUCCUCGGUGUGAAUGGAGCUGGCAAAUCCUCUACUUUCAAGAUGUUGACUGGAGAUACUGAUGUUACAGGAGGGGACGCUUUUCUGAAGGGAAACAGCAUCUUGUCUAACAUCCAGGAGGUCCAUCAGAAUAUGGGGUACUGCCCUCAGUUUGAUGCCAUUACUGAACUGCUGACAGGGAGAGAACACCUGGAAUUCUUCGCGCUCUUAAGAGGCGUUCCUGAGAAGGAAGUCUGCAAGGUUGGUGAAUGGGCUGUUCGGAAACUGGGCCUCGUGAAGUAUGCAGACAAAUACGCUGACUGCUACAGUGGUGGGAACAAGCGCAAGCUUUCCACAGCAAUAGCCCUGAUUGGGGGCCCACCUGUUGUGUUUCUGGAUGAGCCAACCACUGGGAUGGACCCCAAAGCACGCCGUUUCCUUUGGAACUGUGCCUUGAGUGUCAUCAAAGAGGGAAGAUCUGUGGUCCUUACCUCUCACAGCAUGGAAGAGUGUGAGGCCCUGUGCACGCGAAUGGCAAUCAUGGUCAAUGGACGCUUCAGGUGCCUGGGCAGCGUUCAGCACCUGAAGAACAGAUUCGGUGACGGCUACACAAUAGUUGUGCGAAUAGCAGGGGCAAACCCAGACUUGAAACCUGUUCAGGACUUCUUUGAGCAUGCCUUUCCUGGCAGCGUGUUGAAGGAGAAGCAUCGCAACAUGCUGCAGUAUCAGCUCCCAUCCUCUCCGUCUUCGCUGGCUAGGAUAUUUAGCAUCCUCUCCCAGAACAAAAAGAGACUCCACAUAGAAGACUACUCCGUUUCCCAGACCACACUUGACCAAGUAUUUGUAAACUUUGCCAAGGACCAAAGUGAUGACGACCACACAAAGGACUUGUCGUUGCACAAAAACCAGACUGUCGUAGAUCUUACAGUUCUGUCCUUUUUGCAAGACGAGAAGGUGAAAGAAAGCUAUGUAUGAACUGCCCUUCUGAAAAACGGUGCAGUGGCAGUAGUUCUGAGAAGAAGGGGAGAUUGCUGAACCUUUACUUUGGCAAGAAGGGAUCUUCCCGAGAGCCAGGAGACAAAGACUUGUGGAGAGGAAGAGAAUUAAUUGGACAUUCUACUGGUAACCAUUCAAUGCAAUGCAGUUCAAUGCAAUGAAAACAAUAUUCCAUUCCAGAGGCAGUGCCUCUCGGAGAAGUUGCCUUGUCGUACUGUUCUCUAACAAAAGACUUGAAUCUAGUUGUCCUUAACGUUAUAACUCUGUGAAAUUCUAGGAUGGGGCCACUUGCUGCCCCUGUGGUCUUUUUGCCAGACUCCCAACGUGCUUUUACUUAGCACACUUUUUUUUUUUUUUGGCUCUUGGCCAGUGAUUAUUUAUUUACAAUUUUAAUGCUUGGGUGCUACAUCCAUUGCUGGCAAUGAGUGCCCCAACACAAUCAGUGCCAAGUAUUCGGCACACCAUGCAGUGCCACGGCCUUAUUUAAGUACCAACUAUUGGCCUGGAUAGUCUACGCCAACAUAAGGAGGGUUGCAGAAAAGCGAUCCGUCUCUGGUGAGCCUGAACGGUAGGGCCACUAAGCACACCACUCGGCAGUAUGUAUCCACCGUACAGUGUUUCGUGUUGGGUUGUGGCAAAGUCGACUCUCAGCCAUGUGUACAGCUGCAUGGAUUUCCAUCCCACUGGUAUGGUGACCAAUUGCUUAUUGCUCUGUUAGACUUUGGUUGGAGCUGCUGCUGUUUUCAGCUCUUCCCCCCUCCCCCUUUGGGCUCGUGUUUUCCUUUGCAACAGUAUUAUUUAUGUGACUCGUCAGCCUCUUUGGACUUGCUUUCCUAUCUCCAUGUCCUCAACUACCAUUUACAAAAAAAACACUAUGUUUAUAUUACCACUUUUAUACUUAAAUGUUUGGAUGUAGUUACGAUCAUUUGUAGAAGUGCUGGGUUCCUGUUCCAGCAGCUGCCGCUAUCCUAAUUCCGAUUACCGUAUAGUUCCCUACUUUGGCGUUUCCCCUUCAUGAAUGGUCUGCAGCAGGGCUGCCACCUCUCGCCACAGACAGUGGACAUUGCCCUUUGAAUGCGCAGCGGAAGUGAGAGAGGGGGAAAGGCACCCAAUUGUCUCUCCUGCCUGCUCCAAUCUUGCAUCCUCCAACCCAGACAGCCAGCAUUGUGUAGUGUUUAGAGGACGAUCUGGGAGGCCCACGUUCAGACCCGCACUCUGCCAUGGAAGCUAGCCGGGCGGCCUUGGGCCAGUCACGUGCUCUCUCAGCCUAACCUACCUCACAGGGUUGUUGUGAUGAGGGUGCUAAGGAGAAAGGGAGAACAAUUUUGAAAACCACUUUGGGUCCUCACUGGAGAGAAAAGUGUGGCAUAAAUAAAGUUAAUAAACAAGGCCCCAGGACCACUUGGCUCUGCAAGAACAUCAGCUGCUCUUGUGCUUCAAUUGGGGAUUUAAACCAUGGAGACACUGAUUGGCUGGCUUCUUGUUAACUUUGAAAUGCAGGUCAGGUCACUUUUCAGUGUCUGUUAUGAUUGAUUAUUUAAGGUUUUACAAAAAACCCCAACAAAGUCAAGCAAGUGCUUAGUAUACGGAAUGCUUGAGCGGGUGACCUACAGGGAGAAGAGAGAAAACUGAGAUUUGAUUGCUUUUUGUAACGCUUGAGUAUCUUUUUUCUUUAAGGGGAAGCUGUUUGUCAAAUACUUUCAGCUCUGCAACAUCAGCAGAGUCUACAAAUGCGCUCACAAUCCAGUGCAGUCCAGCAAAAGGUUUCAGUUGCUAUUUUAAAAACCACAGGUUUCAGUCAGACCUAUGUAUAUUUGCUCAGAAGUAAAUCCCAUUUUGUUCAGUGAGACUUACAUCUGGGUUUGCUGGAAUGUGUCCAAACUCUGCUACUCCUUCUACAAGCCUUAAAUAUCCCUCCCACCUCCCCUACAAAAUGCAUGCCAUUUUCACAUUUCAAAAUCUAGGCAGAUGUUACCUCUAAUCCACAGCAAGCACUAUGAAUAUUUAGCAGUGUUCAAACAUUGUCAUACAAUCUUGGUAUACAUUAAUCUGUCAGAAUGGUCCACACAUACUGUAUAAUUAGCCAUUCCCAGCACCGUUGGAAAUAGUUUUUAAAAAUACAUUGUUUGAGGGGACAUGCUGUGUUGAAAGUUCUUAUUAUAGUUUGUUCGUCACUGCGUACAAUCAAUUUCCUCCAUUCCUUUCCCACCUACGGUACCCAGUUAGUGGUGUCCAUACCCUCAUUUAAAGCAAAUGGGACUCAUGGCUAAUUUGUUCUGUUUAUUUUAAGGUGAGUUGAAUCAGAUGUAAUUGCUGCUGGAUUCCGAGGUUCGAUAACUAGCUGAAUCCUUCACUGUGAGCCAGUUCAUGAGGGAGCAGUUCUCUGUGGUGGUGCUUUUGCCUAGAGAGCAUGUAUUGGCAGUCCCACCCCCAUAAUGACAAGGCGCCAUGUAAUUCAAAUUAAGCACAUUUCGGUCAUAUUGCCUUCAAAGGGGGAACCAAACACAUUUUAACUCCUCUUCCAGUAGUUCUUAGUACUGUUUCCUGCCUGGAAGGGAAAGGUGGCAGAUCAGCCAGACAAGCUUAGAUCCUCUCAUGAGGAGAGUUACUGGAAAUGUAGUACAGUUCUCAAAUAAUCAUAAGCCAUUUAACAUACACUUCUGUUAUGUUGGAUGUAGGGUAGGAAAAACAAUCAUGCUCUGCACUACAGGUAUUAUUGUGUAAAACCACUGAUAACAAAUUUUUGUCAAGGACAUUUACCACUUAAAGGUGUUUGCGGUAGAACUGUCACAUUGCAAUCUAUGUAUCUGUACUUGUGUGGGUGGGGGGCUCUGCUGUAUUCAUACUUUUCUUACAAGCUUACUGCAGUUCCUUGAUGUAUUUCUGUACUCUUCCUUCUCCCCUAGUUUCCUGCCCCCUCCCCUUUAAUAUGUCGGUCCUUCAUUCCAAGCACUUUACACUAGCUGUAAUGGGAUCUACUUUUGCACUGGAAUACCCUUUAUUAACUUCGCAAAAAUCUAGAGCAGUUUCACAGGGGAGAAAAAAAAUUAAGUUUAAAAAACAAACUUUCAAUGGACAUUUUCAUGAGAAUUAUAUAUUUGUAUUGCUAAUAAAUAUUUGUGAUGAAUUCAUAGGCAUUUGUUAAUUGCCUUGUAUUAAGUAAAUAAAGCUUUUUCUUGGUCUACAAAUGA